AAAAAGAAGAGAAGGGGAAAGCAAAGAGUUCCAUACGGAGAAGGAGAAGGAGAAGAGAAGAGAAGAGGAGAGGAAAAUCCAAACUGAUUCAUAGCUGCUGUGGCGAUUUGUUGAGAUUUUAUAAAUUGAUCUCACUUUUCCUUAAAAUCUGCCCCUCUCUGUCUCUUCUCAAAUCGCAUUUUUAUGACCCUAAUUUUGUCCAGAUUGAUCGGUUUUUAGGUGAAUUGUGAAGUUCUAAAACCCCUUCAGGUACUUUUAAUUGACUGGAGUUGAGCUAAUCAGACAAAAUGGGAGUACCAGCAUUUUAUAGGUGGUUGGCUGAUCGAUACCCACUCUCGAUUGUGGACAUGGUAGAGGAAGAGCCUAAAGAUGAUGUUCCGGUGGAUGUUUCAAAGCCAAACCCUAAUGGCAUGGAAUUUGAUAACUUGUACUUGGACAUGAAUGGUAUCAUUCAUCCUUGUUUUCAUCCUGAAGGAAAGCCUGCACCAGCAACCUACAAUGACGUAUUCAACUCAAUUUUUGACUACAUUGACCAUCUUUUCUCAUUAGUGCGUCCAAGAAAACUCCUCUAUAUGGCUAUUGAUGGAGUGGCUCCUAGAGCUAAGAUGAAUCAGCAGAGAACCAGGCGUUUCAGAGCUGCUAAAGAUGCUGCUGAAUCUGAAGCUGAAGAAAAAAGGUUAAGAGAAGAGUUUGAGAUGGAAGCUGCUAUUUUAGUGCCUACAGAAAAGCCCGAGACAUCUGAUUCAAAUGUUAUUACUCCUGGUACUCCAUUUAUGGCAGUACUAUCAGUAGCUCUUCAAUAUUAUAUACACUCGAGGUUGAAUAAAAAUGCUGGCUGGCGGUUUACCAAGGUUAUCCUUUCUGAUGCUAAUGUGCCUGGUGAGGGUGAACACAAAAUUAUGUCCUACAUCCGCUGGCAACGUAACAUUCCUGGAUUCAACCCGAAUACCCGCCAUUGUCUCUAUGGUCUAGAUGCAGAUCUUAUUAUGUUGUCUCUGGCUACUCAUGAAGUCCAUUUUUCAAUAUUGAGGGAGGUGAUUACUCCACCAGGUCAGCAGGAGAAGUGUUUUGCCUGUGGUCAGGUUGGACAUCUUGCAGCUAAUUGUCAUGGUACAGAUGGGAAGGCUGUGAAUGACACACCUAUUCACAAGAAGAAAUAUCAGUUUCUCCAUAUCUGUGUGCUGCGAGAGUAUUUGCAAUAUGAUUUAGAGAUUUACAACCCUCCAUUUCAGAUAGACUUUGAAAGGGUGGUGGAUGAUUUUGUUUUUUUGUGUUUUUUUGUUGGAAACGAUUUUCUUCCCCAUAUGCCAACACUGGAGAUUCGAGAGGGUGCCAUCAAUUUGCUGAUGUCCAUCUAUAGAAGGGACUUUACAACUAUGGGUGGUUAUCUUACGGAUGCGGGUGAGGUUUUUUUGGAUAGAGUAGAACAUUUUAUUCAGGCAGCAGCAGUUUAUGAAGAUCAAAUCUUCCAAAAGAGAGCCCGGAUACAACAGUCGAUAGAAAAUAAUGAAAGGGUGAGAAAAGAGGCUAAUGCUCAGCCACAUCCUCCGGCAGAGGACAAGGUGAAGCUAGGAGAGCCUGGAUACAAGGAAAGGUAUUAUUCUGAGAAAUUUGGUGUAUCAACUGCAGAGGAUAUCCAUGAAGUCAGACAAGAUGUAGUUCAGAAGUAUGUGGAAGGAUUAUGUUGGGUUUGCCGGUAUUACUACCAAGGUGUUUGCUCGUGGCAAUGGUUUUACCCGUAUCAUUACGCUCCAUUUGCUUCUGAUCUCAAAGGUCUAGCAGACUUGGAAAUUACUUUUUUCCCAGGGGAACCAUUUAAGCCCUUCGAUCAGCUAAUGGGUGUUCUACCAGCUGCAAGUGCAAAAGCUCUUCCUGAAAAGUACAGGAUGCUAAUGAUGGAUCCUUCAUCACCAAUUUCUGAUUUUUACCCAACAGAUUUUGAACUUGACAUGAAUGGGAAGCGUUUUGCAUGGCAGGCUGUUGUAAAAUUGCCAUUCAUCGAUGAGAAAAAGUUACUUGCUGAAACAAAGAAGCUUGAAGACACGUUAACGGACACGGAGCAACUAAGGAACAGUGUAAUGUUCGAUUUGCUCUAUGUUCAUCAUCACCAUACUUUGGCCCCAUGUAUCAUUUCGUACUAUCAUCACAAUGUUAUGAUUCCCUCCGGGGCCCAAAGGCCAUGGAUAAUUGAUCCAAAUUUGAGCGGUGGGAUGAACGGAUUCAUUUGGUUAUCUGAGAGGAAUGGCCUGAGAGAGAGGGUUCCUUCCCCACUUAAUGGAUUGGAAGAUAUCUUAAAUAAUAAGAUUCUAAAUAUUACCUUUCUGAAUCCAGCACCUCAUAAGCACAUUCCGCGGCCUCCAGAAGGAGUAUUUAUGCCCAAAAAGAUGUUGAGAGCUGUUGAUAUAAAACCUUUUCCUGUAUUAUGGCAUGAAGAUCAUGGAACCCGGCGCCAUCUAGGCAAAGAUAGGGGUUCUGUACCCGGGGCAAUAGCAGGGCCUUCACUGGGAGAAGCAGCACAUCGGUUGCUUAAGAACUCAUUGAAUAUCAAACCUGGUGGAACUAAUUUUGGAGUGUUGGAUCAAUCAUAUUCUCGAAAUUUUCCGGGCAACCAUGUUUUGAAUAGGCCAAGGCCAGCUGGACCAUCUGGCUAUGAAGGUGGAUUCUAUGAUCAAAUGAGUCGUAGGAAUUCGUCUCCGAAUCACAGGCCACGAUUUCCUGGACCCUCUGGACAUGCAAGUGGUUUCUUUGAGGACCCUUCUUAUAUCCCUAGCAAUUUUAUGCCUCGUGGUGCAUCUGGGAACCCCAGAUAUGCUCCAUCCCCUUAUGAGUUGCAAAAUACUAGGCAAAAUUUCAGGAUGCAAGAUAGACAUUCAUAUCAGGAUCAGUAUCAUAGCAUGAGAAAUGAAAUGUCAGUGUUGACAAUCGAAAGUGGUGCAAGAACAAGACCUUAUUCGACUGUGGCAAGAAUGCCAAAUUCUGGACAACUAUCUAACGUCUGCCCACCACCUCCAAUCACACAAAAUGUGGGUCCUCUUCCUUCACCUCCUCUGCAGUGGAUUAAUAAACCUGCAAGGGGAGCUACAGCAACGUACUCAAAGCAUCAAGAAACUUCAAAAGGGCCGGCGUACGACAAGCAAGUCAAGCAGGUUUACCAGAUCAAAAGCCGGCCAACUCAAGAGUCCCCAAGUAGCGAAACACAACAGUGAUAUUUGAGUUAUUUUGAGCUUUGCUUUUCCUGUUGAUGGUCAAUCUCAUAGACAUAGUGAGAGGAUAUCUGGAUCCUCCCGUGAAGUAUUUAUCUAUUCUUCUUAACAUUAUUGAUGCAGUAUUUUAUAAUUAGUUGUAGCAAAUAUGGUGGAGUCUGUUCACGCUCCCCAUAUUUUGAUAGUCCAGGUCUGGGUAGUAUGUUGUACCAAAUGACUUGAAGAGGUCGAGUAAUAGAUUUUGUUGCCUUGCUCUUGUUGACUAUUAGUAUAUCGGCAAAACAAGUUGUGCAUGGGUAUAGGAGAUGCAAAGAAUCAGCAAGGUAUGAAUUGUCAUUUUCUCUUUGGUUUCUUUUCUGAAGACAUUUGUAAGAUGUGUAUUUGGUCUUCCUCUCCCUUCACCCCCCAUAAUUCCCAAAACCACAAUGGUCUGUAGCAGUGUUCUGUCAAAUUAUUCCUUCAUAUUUCAGCAUCCAAAACAAGAAAUACCAUAAUUAA